AUGAGUACUGAAUAUUGGAGAAAAGAUGGCGAUUAUUCUUCGUCUUCAUAUCAUAUUAAACAAGAACCACAAGAUUUUCCUCAAGCUUCAGAAUUAGCUAACAAUUUUUUGUCAAAGAUGGAAUCCACUUAUAUCAAACAAGAACACGAAAAGAUGGAAUCCCCUUAUAUUAAACAAGAACAUGAAACAACUCCUGAUAAGGAACGUAGCCGUGAUAGAAAUCGUCGUGAUAGAGAGCGUGAAGAAAAAGAUGAAAGAGAUCGUAAAUCACGUCGUUAUGAAGGCAUGACUGCUGAACAAGUUAAAGCUACUGGUCACUUUCCACUUCCUGGUCAACCUGCUACCACUAGACCUACCACUAUUCCUACUUCCCCAAUUAUACCUGGCAUGGAUCCUUCCAGAGCUGCUGCUAUGAUGAUGGGAAUGACUCAUGAACUCCCCCCUCGACCGAAAGUAAGUCAAGGUGCUGCUGGUCCUGUCGCACAGACUGCAUCUCUUGCAAGGCAAGCUAGGCGUCUUUAUGUUGGAAAUAUUCCUUACGAAUUCUUUAAUUCAACAAUGGUACAAUUGAAUAUCACUACUGCACCAGGUCAACCAGUUAUAGCUGUUCAAAUUAACCAUGACAAAAAUUAUGCAUUUGUAGAAUUUCGUGCUCCCGAAGAGGCCACCGCAGCAAUGGCUUUUGAUGGAAUUACAUUUCAAGGUCAGUCUUUAAAGAUUAGACGUCCAAAAGAUUAUCAACCACCACCUGGACAAAAUCUCGAACCACCUCCAAUUCAUGUUCCUGGCGUCGUUUCAACUAAUGUACCUGAUAGUCCUAAUAAAAUAUUCAUUGGUGGUCUGCCUACAUAUUUGAAUGAUGAACAAGUUAUGGAACUUUUGAAAUCUUUUGGUGAACUCAGAGCUUUUAAUUUAGUCAAAGAUAGUUUAACAGGUGUAUCCAAGGGGUUUGCUUUUUGUGAAUACGUUGAUCCAAGUGUAACUGAUUUAGCUUGUCAAGGUUUAAAUAAUAUGGAAUUGGGUGAUCGUAAACUUGUCGUUCAGCGUGCUAGUGUUGGUUCUGCAAAAAAUACAGGUGUAGCGA